UGAGCCUCAGAGCACGGUUUAUCUCCCCGUCGCUGGACUCAUCGCAGCCAUGCCUCAUAUGAUAGCAGAAAUCAAAGACUUUUUGUUAGCAGCAAGAAGAAAGGAUGCAAAAUCUGUGAAAAUUAAGAAGAACAAAGACAAUGUAAAAUUCAAAGUACAGUGCAGCAGGUACCUAUACACACUAGUCAUCACUGACAAAGAGAAGGCUGAGAAACUCAAACAGUCACUGCCUCCAGGUCUGGCUGUGAAAGAGCUGAAUUAAGG